AAAAUCGAUAAGAAUCGAAUCGAUUAUCAUUCACAUUUGAAUUCUCCUCUUAGACAUCGUAUUAUAUUAUUAAUCCAUUUUAUAUACAAAUAAUCAUAUAUCCUUCGUUAACAAUAAUCACAAGAGAAACGAAAGGAGACGCUUUUUUUAAACAAAAUUAAGCAGAAAUCCCUCACCUGCUGAAUAAAAAGCAAAAAUCACACAAUAUUUCUGUCAGUUUAUGAAUCAAACAUGCCUGGAACAGAGAUUCAAAUAAAUCGUCUCUCAUUGGGUACAAAAAUCUCAUUGAUGACACAUGCCCAAUAUCGUUAUGAAGGGACUGUGGUAGCUAUCAAUUCAAUUGAAGGUACGCUUACCUUACAAAAUGUUAAAUUCUGGGGAACUGAAAAUCGUAUCUCACCAAAUGGAACAAAUCAAAAUGCUGAGAAUAAAGAACCAGCAGUUGGGACAGUGUUUGAUUCAAUUACCUUUUGGAUGUCAAGUAUUAAUCAAAUGCGAUUACUGGAUGAUAUGAAGACAGAACAAAAUGAGCUGGGAGAUAAAGCUGUUGUCAAAGCAGCUGUAGCAAUCGAUGGAAGUAGAGGGACAGGAAGACGUCAAAGAAAUUGGUGGUACGAAUCUGGUGAUCAACAACGCUUUAUGCGAAUAAAUACACCAAGUACUAGUCGUAAUAUCAGCAAUCUAUCAACCACAUCAAAUCGAUUUAAUAAUUCAUCUACUCAACAUAUCAGCAUGCCACAACCACGUAUGCUUGUAUCCUAUCCUCGUAGAGGUCGUAAUCAACUAGGAUUUUUAUCAAGACAAAUGAAUUAUGUACCUGUUGUACCAAUUGCUCCUACUACAGGAAGCCUACACAAAUCAAAUCAUCCUACAACGAUUAGAAAUCCACCCUUUAGAAUUAUGACUACACCUAUUCCACCGAGUAUUGGACCAUUCACCGCUACACGAUCUACUAUUACUGGUAGAAAACCAAGUCAAACUAUCAGACGAAAUUUGAGCAGUAAUGUUAGACGGUAUACACAGAGUCCAAUAAAUCCUCGUGGUGGUGUAUAUGUUUAUUUACCACCUGAAGUGACUACAACAUAUCAUCCAAGAUCAAUAAAUUUAGUUCAGUCACGUGUGGGAAUGAAUAGACGUCGAAUAACAGACAGGAGAGGUGCUCCAAGAGGUAAUGUCACUACACAGUCUGACAUCGACUGUUCUAAACCAUAUGACUUUGAAACAGCAAACGCUGAACUAGAAGCUGAAUUAGCUAAAAUCAAUUUGAAUACAGAUUCGGUAUCAUCUGAAAGAAUCCAGCCGCAAGAUCAUGAUUCACUAGGAAUAGAUCAAGCUGCAUCAACUGGUGAUGGAGUUGCCUGUGUUAAACCGCCAAUAUCAUCAACACUAUCAGAUAUAUCUGUAACAGCAGUGAGUACAAAUGGUGCAUCUGGUGAUACUUCAUCAGGAUCAGUGAGUUCAAAUAUACCAAAUAAUAAUACAAAUGAGGCGCAUACUGUUGAAAAUCAAACUUCUAAUGAGACGAUAGGAAUUCUUGCAAAAGGUGAAUAUUAUGUUCGUGAAAAAUGCUUUUUUGAUCAAAUAAGUCGUUCAGAAGGUGGUCCUAGAGGUCCUAUGUCUUCAUAUCAAAAUGGACAAGGAAAUUACCAGUAUACAAGUAAUAGUCAUUAUCAUGCAAGUAAUUCUUCUGUUACACUUGGACAUGCAACAAAUGCUAGUAGUAAUCUUGUUGGUAUGAAUUCAGCCUCUGCAGCAGCUAGACGUGAACGUCAAUUAAAUUUAGAGACAUUUGGUCCAAUGGCAGCUAGAACAACAUUUAUUUCACGUCGUCGACCAACUGGUAGUGUUCCACGUGAUAUGUUAGUAUCAGCAUCAGCAUAAAAGAAGAAGAAGAGCUGAGUUUUGUGUUAUUUCGUUCUUGUGUAUUUUAUGCCAAGGAAUGUGUUUAUUAAAACACAAUGUUGUUUAACAAAAUUUGUUUGUUUUCUUUGUGUAUGUGUGUGUGCGUGAGUGUGUGCGUAUUGGACACUUUGAUUGAGUCACAUUUACUUUGAACUCUUUGUUGUUCUGGUUAAUGAUAAAUAACAUUUUUUCUGUUAUUGAAUCACAGUUUGUUAUCUGUUCUUAUUAAAAGCAAAAAAUACAAUAUAUAAACAUGUAGUAA